AGAUGACGGAUGACACCGACAGCUGUGAAAACGUCAAAUUAUUUUGUUUUUGGAGGUUAGAAAUGUUUUAGAUUUCACAUGACUUUAUUUACAUUUGAUCAUAUUGAUUAAAAAUAUUUAUCAAAAAUGAGUGAUUCUUAUCAUGUCGUUCCGUGGUUUAAUAGUGAAGAGUGGCAUGGUGUCUACGACGAUUUAGCUGACCCUUCUUCAAAUAAAGAAAAGUUGCUUGAAUGUUUACUUGUGUGGAAAGCCAGAUGCCCAUCACUACCAUCCGGUAUUGAGUCAACUUUGAGUUUGUUGCAAGUUUAUAAUGAAGAUAACAAAAACCAUGACUAUGAGAGCAGUGAUCAAUUACUGCGUUUGGCAUAUUCAUCUGCCAUCAUGCGAUUUGUUAACCAUAUGUUAGAUACAGAAACAGUAAAAGGCGCGAGUUUAUAUCAAGCAGCUAGAACCUUGGGCGUUCCAGACUGGGUCGUUGACUUGCGACACGAUACCGCCCAUAGUAACACACUUCCCCCUUUGAAAUUGCUAAGAGAAGGGUGUUUAAUAAGUUUACAGUGGCUACAAUUAAACUACUGGGACAAACUGAAACCAUACAUUAAGGAUUAUGUUUGUGGACAAGAAUACCCCGUUUCGGGUGAUAUAUAUAAAAUUGAAACACUGCUUAACUUUUAUAUUUCUUUAGGAAUAUGCAUUCAGACAAAAAUAAAAAUGAAAAACUUGUCAGAAAUACCAAAUGCUAAGAUGAGAGAUACAAUAGUAAGUAAUGCAAGAGAGUUGCUUCGGGACCAAGAUCUGUCCAAUUUAAAAACUGUAUCCAUCAAUUCACUUAUCAACAUAUUGAAUAUUCAAGGUAAAAAGCUUUUGAAGGUGAAGGAGCCCAGCACACUUGUCACUGAGAUUUUACUUGGCAAUGAAUCACUGUUGCUAUCAAAGGAACUUUUGUACUUCUUUGGUGCAAAUGAUUUUAAAUACAAAAAUAAGCUAUGCAGCAGCUAUGUUAGAUGCUUUGAAAUCUUGUUGACUUUCCUGCAUACAAAUGAUUUGUUGUUGGAUUUAAUUAUGGGCCUUGUAAAGGUUACUCAAAAUCAAGAAAGUGGACAUUUUAAAUCCAAACUAUCUGCAUUAUGGCUAUCAGAAAUUUUAGCAGCUCUCAAAAUCUCACAAAACAUUGUAAAAAAAACGAAAAAAAUGAGUUUAGAUGACAAAACCUCGAAGAAGAAGAAUGACAUAAAAAAAUUGUAUGAACAUUGGUACCCUGGCACUAGUAUCAAAAAUAGAUUUCUGUUGGACCUCCAAAAAUCUGCUCCAGAGGAGUUACAAGACAUCAGUUAUAUCAACCCAAUAAUUACUACUUACAAUAAUUAUUUAACUUACUUUAUAAAUACUCUUUUAGACUUACUCGAACCAAAUUUACCAAGAGUGGUUUACCAAAAAAUUUGCAAUUUGGCUAAAUUAAUAUCAACUCCAGAAAAGUUCCCAGUUACUGCAUCUUCUGCGAUUUACACAGUUGAUGAUUUGGAAGCAAAUGAUGAUGUUAUGAUUGUAGAAAAUGUUGAAGAGAAAGAAUGUGGGAAGGAAGAAGCAGUUAAUAGGUCAAGUGAACACCCAAAAAUUAUAAACAGUAUUUGGAAAUUAGCUGCCAAUGAAUUUGACUGGAUGACAUGCCCUAUUGGUAAAUUGCCUAGUCAGAAUAAGGAAAAAGAAAUGGAAACAAACUAAACACUAUAAUAAUUGCAAUUAAACACAUUUAUCUCA